AUGGGUAUAUGGGAUUCACAUGUAUGGAAUUAUGUUGAAAAGUAUACUGAUAAACGAAAGAAAUUUUUACAAAUAUUACCUGAUGGACCAAUGUCUGAUAUGGAUGAUGUGAGACAUUGGGUUCUAUUUGAAUUUGGAAAAAAAAAUAUCAUGUAUGUGUAUGAUAGUUUAAAUCGUAAUUCUGUAACUGAGAAUCAGAAGAAAUUUUUGAAAAUGAGUACAAAUAUUAAAAAUCCUCAGUUUGUGUACAGAAAAGUUCAACAACAAACAAAUGGGAAAGACUGUGGUGUAUUUGCAUUAGCUUUUGCAACCAGUCGAUUAUAUGGAAGAGAUGUGACAAAAUUAUCUUAUUCAAUAAGCGAUAUGCGACAUCAUUUGCUGGAUUUACUUAGAAGAGAAAUGAUCAUUGAAUUUCCUAAUGGUGAUCUAAAUAAGAAUGUUCAUUCCAAAAGUGACAAUGUAAGCGAUUGUAGCUCAAAUAUUACUCAUUUACCAGUACAUGACAAAAGACAGAAUCAGCCUGAUAUUAAUUAUUCUGCUAUUUAUGAUGAUGGUAUUAGUGAAAACAUUUAUGUCCAGAAUGAUCUACAUAAUGAUGAAAAUAUGGAGAAAUAUAUUACUACUGUAGAAGAAAUUAUAAUGUAUGAUUGUGAAACUGAACAGAUAAUAGCUAAUUGUAGUGAACCAUCUGUAUCUAAUGUUGUUCAAACUGAGCAUUCAUAUAGUAAAGUUGGUGAAAUAAUGCAACAUAUGAUAAUUAAUAGUGGCGAGGAUAUUAUACAACUAGAUCAUUGUUAUAGUACUUUUGACCAGAAAAGAAUAAAACUUGAUAAUUCUUCUCACAAUAUUACUCCAAUUUUUGAUCAUAAUAAUUUUUCAGAUGAAAUGCCAGCACAUCAUUGUGGAAUUCUUAAUUAUGAAUGUAAUUUAUGUUCAGCACUACAUUUUAAAGGGGAAUUGCCCUCAGAUGGUAAAUAUACUCAGUGUUGCCAUAAAGGUAAAGUAAAAAUUGAACAUCCAAAAUCUCUCAUUUUAAUACAUGAACUUUUAACUAAUGUUCUACAUCCGAAACACAAGAACUUUAUGGCAAAUAUAAGAAAAUACAAUAGUGCAUUGUCAUUUGCAUCAUGUGGUGCUCAAAUUGAUACACUUCCUGGUACUGGGCCUUAUUGUUAUAAAAUUCAUGGACAAAUUUAUCAUAAAACGACACAUUGCCAAACUUCAUCUACAUUCCCUCCAAAGUAUGCUCAGCUCUAUUUUUUAGAUAGUGAGGAAGCAUUAAAUGAACGUUUGAAAAUGAAUGCUAAUAAAGAAUGUGACAAAGAUUUACUAAAAGAUUUGGAUUUAGCAAUACGGUCAGUUAAUCCAUAUGCAAAAAGCUACAGAAUGUUGAAAACCUUGGAAAAUGAAGAAAUGAAUAGGCAGUCACAAAAUUCCACUACAGCAGUAACAGAAAAUAAUGUUUCCAUGAUGAUACGUCAGAAUAGAACUGUUGAUUGUAGGCGCUAUAAUUUACCUAAUUGUAGUGAAGUAGCUGUUAUAUUCAAAAACAACGAUGGUGCUCCACCUUUUCAACGUGAUAUUCGUAUUUAUCCAAAAUCUGAGAAUAGUAACGAGUUCAUAAAUAUCAAUAUUAUUAGUUGUAAUUUAGACCCUAUGUGCUACACUUUAAUGUUUCCAUAUGGAGAACCUGGAUGGGAGCCUAAUAUGCUUAGUAAUAUUCAAAAUGAUGAUGAAAAAGAAAAGCGCAUUACUAUGUUGCAGUAUAAAAAAUCUAAAUUAGCUAUAACCUCCCAACAGCAGAAUCCUUUAUUAAAUUAUGGUAAAUUACUUCAACAAUAUGUUGUAGAUUCUUACGUGCAAGUUGAAGCCAAUAAUUUGAAUUAUGUGAGAAAGCAUCAACAAGAUUUACGAAUAGAAAGUUAUGCUGGUUUAAUGGAUUACAUGAGAAAUAAAACUGAGGAAAACUCUUGUGAAGUUGGAAAGCAAGUUAUUUUACCUAGCUCUUUUGAAGGUUCACCUAGAAAUAUGAGAGAAAAGUAUUUAGAUGCUAUGUCAAUUGUUGGUACAUUAGGAUCUCCAGAUCUAUUUAUUACAUUCACUUGCAAUCCUAAAUGGCCAGAAAUAUCAGAUAAUUUGUUGUAUUUGCAGUCUGCAAGUGAUAGACCCGAUUUAGUAUGCAGAGUAUUUUUGUUAAAACAUAAAGAAUUGAUUCAUGAUAUUGUUGAUAAUAGAAUAUUUGGCGAAGUAAGUGGUUAUGUUUACACUAUAGAAUUUCAAAAACGAGGCCUACCUCAUGCUCAUAUGUUAUUCAUUUUAAAAGAUAAAAUAUUGAGUAGUGACAUUAUUGAUAAAUUUGUUAGUGCUGAAAUUCCAGAUCCUAAUGUUUAUCCAGCAUUACAUGAAAUAGUCAAAAAUAAUAUGAUUCAUGGUCCUUGUGGUGCAAUAAAACCUAACGCCUAUUGUAUGGAAGAUGGAAAAUGUAUAAAAGGGUUUCCAAAAACUUUUCAGAAUCAAACUUGCAUGGAUAAAGGAGGUUAUCCUUCUUAUAAGCGUAGAAAUGAUAUAAAUAUUAUUAAAAAUGGUGUCACAUACGAUAAUAGGCAUGUUGUUCCUUAUAAUAGGUAUUUAUCAAAGAAAUACAAUGCACAUAUCAACGUUGAAGUGUGUACAACUGUAAAAAGUGUAAAGUAUAUCUUCAAGUACAUUUACAAGGGUUAUGAUUGUGCGUGUAUUAAAAUAAUGCAUCAAGGAACUUCGUUGUUGUUAUAUGAUGAGAUAGAAUCCUACCUAGACUGUCGUUACAUAAGUGCAUGCGAAGCUGCUUGGAGAUUAUUUGAAUUUAAGUUACAUGAUCGAUCACACAGUGUUAUUCGUUUACAAGUUCAUUUACCAGGUGAACAAAAUGUAAUGUUUGAAAAAGGAAAUGAAGACAAAGGUUUGCAACGAAAUAAGAGUACUCUUUUAGCUUGGUUUGAAUUGAAUAAAAAAGAUAUUCAUAGUGGAAAAUAUAAAUAUACUGAAAUACCUCAACAUUAUGUGUUUGAUAAAAGCAAACAAAUUUGGUCACUAAGAAAAAACAUUUCAAUGUUGUAUCACGCAUGUUCAACAAGUUAUGAAGAUAUACGUACUGUGAAUAAUAUUUGUUAUAAUACUUUUGAAGAAGCAGCUUUUGCAAAAGGUCUCAUUAAAAAUAAUAACAGUUAUAUUCAAACUUUGCAAGAAAUGAGUGUUUAUGCAAUGCCUGCUGAAUUAAGGAAUGCAUUUUGUUAUAUUUGUCUGUUUUGUAUUGAGAGCAAUGCAAAUAUUUUAUGGAAUAAAUUUAGUGACGUAUUAUCAGAAGAUUUUCAGCGACAAUAUUCUGAUCCUAUAAUUGCAAAGCAAAAAGCAUUACAAGAAAUUGAUAAACUUCUACAGUUACAUAACACAACUUGUGAAAAAUUAGAAUUACCCAUUGAUAGAGAAAUAUUAAGUAAUUUAGCUGAUCAAGAUGAUGUCAAUAAUUGUAUACCAAUAAUUGACGAGCAAGCAUUACAAUUACGCAUAGAUUCAUUAAAUGAGAAACAAUUAAUUAUAUUCAAUGAAAUAAAAAAUGCAUUUGAAAAUAAAAAUAGUUUGCAAAGAUGCUUUUUUGUUGAUGGACCUGGAGGAUGUGGAAAAACAUAUUUAUAUAAUACAAUCGUACAAUACGUGCAAAGCCAACACUAUAGUGGAUUCAAAUUACCUGUUCCAAUUUUAGAUGAUUCAAUUUCAUUUAUAAAAGCUGGUUCUAAAGAAGCUGAGCAAUUUAAAAAAUGUGAAAUGAUCAUUAUUGACGAAUGUUCCAUGAUGGAUAAAUAUAUUUUAGAAUGUAUUGACAGAUUAUUGCGAUUCAUUAUGCAAAAUGAUUGUAAAUUUGGAAAUAAAAUCAUGAUUUUAGGUGGUGAUUUCAGACAAACUUUACCUGUGGUUCCUAGAGCAAAUGCUACUGUUAUACUUGAACAUAGUUUAAUAUAUAGUUCUGUAUGGCAUCAUUUUAAAUGUUUUUCAUUAACUGAAAAUAUAAGGUGCACUAAUAAUCUUUUUAAUACUUGGCUUUUAUCAAUAGGAAAUGGAAGUAUAAAUGAUAGUGAUGAUAAAAUUGAAGUACCACAAAAGUACAUUUCAAAAAAUCUUAUUGCAGAUAUCUAUAGUAAUGAUUUUAGCAAAAAUGUAGUCAAAUCAAAAACAAUUCUUUGUGCACUCAAUUCCACUGCAUUAACAGUGAAUAAUGAAAUUUUACGAUUAAUAAAUGGAGAAGAAACAAUUUAUUACAGUUCUGAUAAAGUUCAAAGCGAUGAUCCCCUAGAAAUUGAACGAUACCCUUUAGAUUUUUUAUAUACCCAAACACCUUCUGGAAUGCCUCCUCAUGAAUUACGCCUUAAAGUAGGAUGUGUAGUUAUGUUAUUACGAAAUUUGAAUGUCCGAGACGGUUUGUGCAAUGGAACAAGAUUAUUAGUAGUGAAAUUAUUCAAUCAUUUCAUUCAAUGUGAAAUUUUGACUGGUACGCAUGCAGACAAAAUAGUCAAUAUACCACAAAUUGAUUUAUUACCAAGUGAUUCUACCUUACCAUUUCAAUUAAAAAGAACUCAAUUUCCAGUAAUUCCUGCUUUUGCCAUGACAAUAAAUAAAAGUCAAGGUCAAACAUUUGAAUUUGUUGGAGUGAACUUGACUCAUGAAGUUUUUGCACAUGGACAAUUAUAUACUGCUUUUUCCAGAGUACAAAAUGAAAAUAAUUUCAAAGUACAGUUAUCCUCUGAAUGUGUAAACUUUAAAACAAAAAAUAUUGUGUAUAGAAGUGUUGUAUCUUAG